AGUAGGUAACUAGUGUGAUAGGAAAUUCGAAAUGCUUUCCGGAGUAAACCGAGUGGUCCAGCUACACAAAAGGCAACCGUAUCGAAAGCUGGUAAGCACCUGGUCCCCUUUGACGACGGCAUUUAACACGCGACCAGAAAAGCGAAUCAAUUUUACCAAAAAUGAAGUGGGACUGUUCAAUAUUCCUGAGUUGACAUCGUUUCAAGGAUUCUAUGCGCUCAAGGAAAAGGCUAUAUUCAAGACGGAGGACUUGAUCGCCGAAGCAAUCUCUGCGGAGCGACAGCGUAAAAUGGUCACGAUAUUCGAUGAGUUGUCUGAUACACUAUGUAAAGUAGCGGAUCUGUCGGAAUUUAUUCGGCUUGCACAUCCGCAGGCUAACUACAGCAACGCGGCGGAAGGUGCAUGUAUCUCGAUUAGUGGAAUAGUAGAAAAGCUCAACACGCACAAGCCGUUGUACAAAGCGUUGAAACGGGUAGUUGAUGAAAGUGAUCUCGUUCGGACGACCGAUGUUGACAAGCAUGUGGCGGAACUGUUUCUGUUCGAUUUCGAACAAUGUGGUAUUCAUUUACAGGAAAAAGAUCGGAAAAAGGUGGUCUACUUGAACGAUACUAUUUUACAGCUCGGGCAACGCUUUAUGGCCGGGGCUGUUCACCCUAGGACGAUUAGAAAAAGUGUUCUUCCGGAAGCGAUACGACCGUUUUUCUCCACUGACGGUGAUAACAUUUUGGUAUCCGGAUUGUAUGCCGAUUCGUCCAAUAAUAUGGCCCGAGAAGCUGCUUACAGACUUUUCCUCUAUCCAGAUCAAGAGCAGGAAAAAUUGCUAGCGGAUUUGUUAAUGUCACGGCAUGAGCUGGCCUCUGUUUGUGGCUUUCAAACCUAUGCGCAUCGCGCCCUAAAGGCAAGCACAGUUGAAACUCCUGAAAUGGUGGAUGAGUUCCUGAAUACCUUGAACGAUGAAUUGAGACCACGAGCGGAACGGGAUUUUUCCCUAAUGCAGCGAAUGAAAAAUGCUGAGAGCAGUUUCGAAACCCCACUGGCGACUUGGGAUACGCCUUACUUUACUUCAAGCUUGAAAAAACGCUGCCUACAAGCGUCUGCCUCUGAAUUUUCACCCUACUUCUCCCUAGGAGCAUGCAUGGAAGGACUUAAUCUACUGAUGAACAGCCUUUAUGGCAUUAGUUUAGAGGUAACAGAAAUGGAACCUGGUGAGAGCUGGUCGCACGACAUCUAUAAGCUUGCCGUAAAGCAUGAAUCCGAAGGUCUUUUAGGGUACAUCUAUUGCGAUCUGUUUGAACGCCAAGCAAAGCCUAAUCAAGACUGUCAUUUCACUAUUCAGGGUGGAAAAGUAAUGCCAGAUGGCAGCUACCAGAAUCCAAUUGUCGUAGUAAUGCUGAAUUUGCCCCAACCUCGUUGGUCCGGACCGACUCUGCUGUCGCCUUCGAUGGUGGACAAUUUAUUCCAUGAAAUGGGACACGCAAUGCAUUCGAUGUUGGCAAGAACGGAGUAUCAGCACGUAACCGGAACGCGCUGCAGCACCGAUUUUGCGGAAGUGCCAUCAGUGUUGAUGGAAUACUUCGCAAGUGAUCCACGAGUGCUGAGAACAUUCGCUAAACACUUUCAGACUCAGGAACCUAUGCCGGAGGACAUGCUGCAACGUUUAUGUGCCUCGAAGCAUUUGUUUUCUGCCAGUGAAACUCAACUACAGGUAUUCUACUCUGCUCUGGAUCAGGUCUAUCACGGCAAUCCGGCUAAGCAUGGCGAGAACACCACUGAAACAUUAAGAACUGUACAGGAACAAUUUUACGGCUUACCGUAUGUAGAAAACACUGCUUGGCAGCUUCGUUUUAGUCAUUUGGUAGGUUAUGGCGCAAAAUACUACUCGUAUUUGAUUUCUCGAGCGAUAGCCUCCUGGAUUUGGCAAACCUACUUUGAAAAUGAUCCGCUGAGUCGAUCUCAGGGAGAAAAAUACCGCCGAGGCUGCCUGUCGUAUGGGGGUGGUGUCCCAAGUCGGUUAUUGGUCUCAAACUUUCUCGGCCGUGAAGUAACGCCGAGCAAUUUGACGAAGAGUUUGGUGAACGAGAUUGACGGUUACAGUGAACGGUUGCGGGAAUUCGAGAAACAUUACUAACGAAAUGACGGAAUAAAAA